GAGCCGAGCCGCUCCCGCCAUGAUCGCAUCGCACCUCCUCGCUUACUUCUUCACCGAGCUCAACCAUGACCAGGCGCAGAAGGUGGACAAGUACCUGUACCACAUGCGGCUCUCGGACGAGACCCUGCUGGAGGUGUCGCAGCGCUUCGAGAAGGAGAUGGAGAAGGGGCUGGGGGCAGACACCAACCCCACGGCCUCCGUGAAGAUGCUGCCCACCUUCGUGAGGUCCACGCCGGACGGGACAGAGGACGGCGAUUUCCUGGCCCUGGACCUGGGCGGCACCAAUUUCCGCGUGCUGCGCGUGAAGGUGUCGGACAACGGGCUGCGCAAGGUGGAGAUGGAGAACCAGAUCUACGCCAUCCCCGAGGAGCUGAUGAGGGGCAGCGGGGUCCAGCUUUUUGACCACAUCGCUGAGUGUUUGGCCAACUUCCUGGACAAGCUGCAGAUCAAGGACAAGAAGCUGCCCCUGGGCUUCACGUUCUCCUUCCCGUGUCACCAGACCAAGCUGGACGAGAGCAUCCUCGUGACGUGGACCAAGGGGUUCAAGUGCAGCAGCGUGGAGGGCAGGGACGUGGUGUCCCUGCUGCGCAAGUCCAUCAAGAAAAGAGGGGACUUUGACAUCGACAUCGUGGCCGUGGUGAACGACACCGUGGGCACCAUGAUGACCUGUGGCUACGAUGACCAGAACUGUGAAGUUGGCCUCAUUGUUGGAACUGGAACCAACGCCUGCUACAUGGAGGAGAUGAGGCACAUCGACCUGGUGGAGGGGGACGAGGGCAGGAUGUGCAUCAACAUGGAGUGGGGAGCCUUUGGUGACGACGGGGUGCUCAACGACAUCCGCACCGAGUUCGACCGCGAGAUCGACAUGGGCUCGCUCAACCCUGGCAAACAAUUGUUUGAGAAGAUGAUCAGCGGGAUGUACAUGGGCGAGCUGGUCAGGCUCAUCCUGGUGAAGAUGGCCAAGGACGGGCUGCUCUUCGGGGGAAGGCUCACGCCAGACCUGCUCACCAGGGGCCACUUUGAGACCAGAUUCGUGUCUGCCAUUGAGAAGGAGAAGGAGGGGCUGCAGAAAGCCCACGAGAUCCUGAGCAAGCUGGGGCUGGAGCCGUCGCACGAGGACUGCGUGGCCACGCUGCGCAUCUGCCAGAUCGUGUCCACGCGCUCGGCCGCGCUCUGCGGGGCCACGCUGGCCGCCGUGCUGCGCCGCAUCCGCGACAACAAGGGCGGCGACCGGCUGCGCUCCACCGUGGGCGUGGAUGGAUCUGUGUACAAGAAACACCCUCACUUUGCCCGCCGCCUGCACAAGACCGUGCGGAAGCUGCUGCCCGACUGCGAGAUCCGCUUCAUCCGCUCCGAGGACGGCAGCGGCAAAGGCGCGGCCAUGGUGACGGCCGUGGCCUACAGGCUGGCUGCUCAGCACCAGGCCCGCCAGAAGAUCCUGGAGCCCCUCAAGCUGAGCCACGAGCAGCUGCUGGAGGUGAAGGAGAGGAUGAGGAUGGAGAUGGAGAAAGGGCUGGGCAAGGAGACGCACGAGGAGGCGACAGUGAAGAUGCUGCCCACCUAUGUGUGCUCCACUCCUGAUGGAACAGAAAAGGGAGAUUUCCUGGCCCUGGACCUGGGAGGAACCAACUUCCGCGUGCUGCUGGUGCGCGUCAGGAACGGGAUGCGGCGCGGGGUGGAGAUGCACAACAAGAUCUACUCCAUCCCCGUGGAGAUCAUGCAGGGCACGGGAGAGGAGCUCUUUGACCACAUCGUGCACUGCAUCUCUGACUUCCUGGAGUACAUGGGGAUGAAGGGCGUGUCGCUGCCGCUGGGCUUCACCUUCUCCUUCCCUUGCCAGCAGAACAACCUGGACGAGGGAAUCCUCCUCAAGUGGACAAAAGGCUUCAAGGCGACGGGCUGCGAGGGAGAGGACGUGGUGGGGCUGCUGAAGGAGGCCAUUCACAGGAGAGAGGAAUUCGACCUGGACGUGGUGGCAGUGGUCAACGACACCGUGGGCACCAUGAUGACCUGUGGCUACGAGGAUCCCUACUGUGAAGUUGGGCUGAUUGUCGGCACGGGCAGCAACGCCUGCUACAUGGAGGAGAUGAGGAACGUGGAGCUGGUGGAAGGGGACGAGGGCAGGAUGUGUGUGAACAUGGAGUGGGGCGCCUUUGGGGACAGCGGCUGCCUGGAUGACAUCCGCACCGAGUUCGACGUGGCCGUGGAUGAGCUGUCCCUCAACCCUGGCAAGCAGAGGUAUGAGAAGAUGAUCAGUGGGAUGUACCUGGGGGAAAUCGUCCGCAACAUCCUGAUGGACUUCACCAAGAAAGGGCUGCUCUUCCGGGGACGCAUCUCGGAGAGGCUGAAGACCAGAGGGAUCUUUGAGACCAAGUUCCUGUCCCAGAUAGAGAGCGACUGCCUGGCCCUGCUGCAGGUGCGCUCCAUCCUGCAGCACCUGGGCCUGGAGUCCACGUGCGACGACAGCAUCAUCGUCAAGGAGGUGUGCACGGUGGUGGCGCGGCGCGCGGCCCAGCUCUGCGGCGCCGGCAUGGCCGCCGUGGUGGACAAGAUCCGCGAGAACCGCGGCCUGGACUUCCUCAAGGUCACCGUGGGCGUGGACGGGACGCUCUACAAGCUGCACCCGCACUUCUCCACGGUGCUGCAGGAGACAGUGAAGGAGCUGUCCCCCAAGUGUGAAGUGACCUUCCUGCAGUCGGAGGACGGCAGCGGCAAGGGCGCCGCGCUGAUCACGGCCGUGGCCUGCCGCAUCCGCGAGGCCGGCCAGCGGUAGAGGCGAGCAGGUUUGCCCCGGAGCUUGGUUCCAGCAGAACAGGACGCGUUUCCUCUCCCAGCCCCUCCCUCCUCCCCCUGCACACACUCACACACCCCCUCCCCUCCAAGCAGACUCGUAGCUUUACUCCUUCUCGGGGCACCACGGCGCGACGGAGACGCCGUGGGCUCCGUACCAAGUGUUGUCGUAGGAGUUUCCUUGCAUGCCAUAAAACCCGCUGUCGAGUAAAGCUCACAGCGCCUUUUGGCUUCUCCCUGCAUUUCCAGGUGGUGCUGGAGCUGUCCCACCUCCGUCACACCCCAGCUCUCCUCCCACCACCGGCCCUCCCCUAGCAGCAGUAGGGAUAACACUCGGAUGAUUCAGACACUGCAUUGUCACUUUAACAGAACCUAUUUAUGUGUGUCGGAGCCGUAGCUGUCCGUGCUGUAGAAGCAAACCUCUAAGAUUGGGCUAAAGACCUCCACUAGUCUUUUACCCUGAUCAAGGCUGUAUUAUUUCCAUGAAAGUCAUGGUAACUCUUAAAGCACAAGGUGCAGAGUUCCACGGGCGUGGCUGUGGCUGCACUGGAGGUACCGCGUACCUCCCUUGGUGAGCGACCCCAGAAAGUUCUGGGGCCAGGCUGCAGGGCCCUCAGCCUUGGAGAACAGUCCCAGAGAAGCUGCAGGGCCUCUCAGCCUUGGAGAACAAUCCCAGAGAGGUUCUGGAGCUCCUCAGCCUUGGAGAACAAUCCCAGAGAAGUUCUGGGGCUCCUCAGCCUUGGUGAGCAAUCCCAGAGAGGUUCUGGGGCUCCUCAGCCUUGGUGAGCAAUCCCCGAGAAGUUCUGGGGCCACAGGGCCCCUCAGCCACCUCAGCAGAGCACGUGCCUGGAAAUAAUGGGGGACUCAGGGUCUGAUCCCGUUUCCUGCCCUCUCCCCAGCCCUGAGUAGUGCAGGACGUGGCGUGUGUAGGUCGUGUUUGCCCCCAGCCCUUCCCUGUGCACGGUGGGCCCCAGAGCCGCGGGUCAGCGUCGCCCCUGCCCAGCCCCAGCCCGUGUCUGCCCUCGGCGUGGAGAGUCUGGUUUGCUUUGUGUCUGUGAAAUAGUUCUGCGGCCGCAGCCUUUAGGUGGCACCUGAUUUGUACACUGUAUAUUUAUGUUUUAAGAGAUCUGAUGUCUUUUUAUGUACAUAGUCUUGGGGGGGGGUUGUAUCACUUAGUUUUAACGUCACCUUUUCAUGUCGUUGAAGAAGAGUACAGAGUAAUUAUUUUCUUUUUUUUUUUUUCUUUGAUCCUGUCAUGUAAUUUUAUUUUUUUUUUAAUUUAAAAUUUUCUUGGGGUAGACUGGAGAAAGAGACCCAAAUACCCGAGGAACUGUUGUACAAGAAGAGGUUUGGGCAUUCUGACUUUACCAGCAGGACAAAAGGGAAAGCAGAAAGCCAGGGCGUGCAGGAUGCUGUGGGCUUCAGGCUGGGUUUAACCUUAGCAGAGGUUUUGUUUUGUGCCCUGGAAUGUCACAUCCCUGGGGAGGUGACACACCCAGGGCCCUGCAGGUCCCCCUGUGCCCGCAGCAUCAUCACCUGUGUGCCCUGGCCCAGUGCAGGGAUCCGUUUUUGCCAGCAGAAAACUCUGGACGAACUAGAAGCUGCAAGUCUCUGCCUCAGUGAGAGGAGGCAGACAGAGGGUGGGGGGGUUUUCUGUAAAUAUUUAGCAGAAGUUAAUGAAAUUUCAGUGAUGUACAAAAAAAAAAAAAAUAUAACUAAUAAACCCCACAAACAGCCCUUCAGAUUGGAGGAUAGAGUUUUGUCUAUUUUUAUGUAUAUUUUUAUACUGCUUGGGGUAACCUCAUUACCAAAAGUCUCUCUUCUGUGUUGGGGGUCAAGUUCAGUAGCACAAUUUUAAAGGAAAAUUACUCUUUUGGGCAUUUUAAAUGCUUAUUUUUUUAUAAGCCUCAAGACGAUUAUAACAAAUAAAACCUGUGUAUAGAAAUGAUGUAAGAAACCAAGUUUAGUGGAAGUUUUAGAAGCUGUCAAAUAAAUCUUUGAAGGAUGAUGCAGAAAUCCUCUAAUCUGGUACCAAGCAGUUUUGUGUGAUUUUUUUUCCUCAGAAAACCAGCAUCAAAAAUCAGAACAGAAAUCUUUUUAGCUGCUGCACUGUGCAGAGUUGCAUUAGUGGCUGUUUUUACUCUUAGCCAGCUGUGCCCCUGCUGAGCUCCAUAGUGUUUUCAUCUGUUAGUGAGUGAAAUUUUACAGCUUUGGGGGCAGAAUGGGAAGGAUGGGGAUCUGAGCAGCCCUGCUUUUGAGCAGGGGAAGGACAGGGUGAGAGGGAAACUGGGGAGCAGGGUCACCACAAUCCCCUCACCUGCUGCAGCUCACAGGGGUGAGGACCUCACCCUUGUGGGUGCUGGUGGUGGAUUUUUGGCUGGGCUUGGUCACAGGGGCAUCCCCUGGCUCUCCAAGGCUCCCCCAAUGCUGGAAAGCUUUUGCUUAGGCUCAGAAUAAGCAGGGUCUGCGAUGUUCCCAAGUCAGAGCAUUACAGGACAGCUCUGGGUGCAGCCCACCCUCCCUGGGGCUGCAGGGGAGUUUGGGGAGCCCCUGGAGGGGUUUGGGGAUCCCUGGAGGGGUUUGGGGAUCCCUGGAGGGGUUUGGGGAUCCCUGGAGGGGUUUGGGAUCCCCAGCCCUGCAGGUGUUGGAUGUCCAGCCCAGAACCUCGCGCCAAAAACGUCGCCAUGGGAUGUUCUGUGAAUGUGUUUAAAAUGAAGAAGGGAAGAUUAAAUCCUAGUUGUUGAUAUGAAGGGAAGAUCAAAUGAUUAUCUGUGGGGACAGACGGACAGACCGCUCAGCCUGGUUUGUCUUCCCUGCAGCAACAAGUGCUGCUUUGUGGGUUUAGGAUGGUUUUGUUGUGCUUGGUUGUUCCCACCUGGAUGCAUUUUCUUUGCCUUCCUGGGGUGCUGGAAUGUUCUCUGGCCGCGCAGGCAGCAGGGAGCGGAGUCUCUGCCCUGCCCUGCCUGGCAACUCUCCCCUCCUUGGUACUUUGGACAGGAUUUUAUUGGGCUUUUAACGUAAAUGUGCAUCUAUACAAACACAAUCAGCAAAUGACCGAGAGCUGCAAGCAGAAUUUGCCUGCUCUGCUGCCUUGCUGGAGCCCAGGGCUGGCAGGGAGAAGCUCGGUGUGGUAUCAGUGGGGCACAGAUCCCUGGCCUGGCAGCAGCUCAGGUGCAGUUUGACCCGAGAUAACUCGGUGCCUCCUCUCCUCUCUUAUCAGGCAAUCCAAACCCAUCUGGCUGUCACAGAGAUAAGGGGGUGAAAGGUCCAAGUGCACAGAGGGGAGAGGUGCAGAACGGUGCCAAGUGCACCGUGCAGGGGCUGUGAGGAGCAAGGUAACAACAGAAUAACCUGGAAUGUGGGGAGCCCUUGCCCCAUUCCCCUCCAGACAAGGAAAACGCCUGUUUUGGGCACAUCAGUCCCUUGCUCUGGCACAAAAAUGGGCACUGAAGGCAAAAAGAGGCAAUUCUUGUUCUCAAGGUAAAUUGGAGAGAGGAAAAUUGUCUCCCUUUGACAUCCCUGACCAGCCUGAAAUCCUUCUGGCCUGAAGCAAAGAAAAUGCACCUGGAUGUGGGCAGGGGAGUCCUAAAGCCAAAGACUGUGUGGCUGCUGGCAGAAACGAGUGCUGUAGAUUCACCUGAUGUUGUUCUCUCUAUUGUGUUUACAAUAUUUAUUUUAGCAAUUGACUGCAACGAUAUUAUAUAUAGGCUUCCUUAUUUUUGUACUUUUCAUACCUGAGUGUGGUGUUGUACUGCUCAGCUCCCCUCGGCCACCACUGCUGCUCCUCAGAGACAAUAAACCAGAGAAAAACAACCACCAG